CUUUUAUUAAAUACAUAUCGACAUCCUAUGAUUUGAGGUUAAAACAUGCGUUUCAAUAUAAAAUUUGCUAUAAUAUUAUUUUGUAAUGUGUUGGGGUUAGUGAAUUCUUCAAAUAUUUUACUUGUGUUUAAUCACUUUGGAAAAAGUCACUAUUUUCAAGGAAAAUCAUUGGGACAUGGUCUUGCAAGAGCUGGUCAUAAUGUAACGAUGGUGAGCGUUUUUCAGGACAACCAAAAAGUUCCAGGAUACGAAGAGAUUUAUCUUGAUGGAAUGAUUAGUAGUUUAGGUAUAGAUACCAAUUUUGUAAAAGCUUCGAAAUUGCCGGCCUUACUGAUUCAAGUUUUUUUCCAUUCAAUGGCACUAAAUUUCACCGAAAAAACAUUAAGCCAUCCGAAAUUUCAAGAAUUGCUUAAUUCAAACAAACAUUUUGACGCCAUCAUACUAGAAGAUGUAGUAUACACAGCUCUUAAGGCACUAUCUUGGCAUUUUAAAGCACCCUUAAUACUCUUUAGUCCCUUUGCCCCAAUGACAACGUUCCACAUUACUGCAGGCAAUUCAGCCCCUCCGUCUUAUAUACCCAAUACAUUAAACGGUUAUUCAAGCCCCAUGAACUUUUGGCAACGAUCGUAUAACAGUUUUGUUUAUUUGGUCGAUGUUCUCCUCAGUAAUUUUCUAUCCAACCCCAAUCAAGAAGCACUUAUGAAGAAAUACUUCCCAGGAUGUCCCGAUUUGGCAGCCAUCGACAAAAAUAUUUCGCUUUUCUUAAUUAAUGACCACGAGAGUAUUAAUGCGCCGAUUUCUCAUGUACCGAGUAUGAUUGACAUUUUGGGAUUUCACCUAAAAGACAAAAAUGAACUGCCAAACAAUUUACAAAAAUAUAUGGAUGCUGCCAAAGAAGGUGUGAUCUUGUUCAGCUUUGGUUCAUUCGUGAAUCCAUCGAAAAUGGACCCUCAAAUUAAAGAAUCCUUCCUAAAUUCACUUGGUAAACUCAGCCAAAAAGUUUUAUGGAAAACCGACGAGGAUAAUAUUUCUGGUAAACCAGAUAAUGUAAUAUUGCAUAAAUGGCUUCCACAAGAAGAUAUUUUAGCUCAUCCAAACUGUAAACUAUUUAUAACGCAUGCUGGUUUUCUAAGCACGAUCGAAACUAUUUAUCAUGAGGUGCCAGUACUUGCUAUUCCUUUCGUUGCUGAUCAGGAUUUAAACGCUCUAAGGAUGGUCGAUACAGGAGUUGGACUCUCAACAAAACUGCAUGAUAUCACAGAACCCAAACUCGAUUUUAUGUUACAUGAGCUUCUCUAUAAUAAAACGUAUACAAGAAAUGUUCAGAAGAGAUCUAGGCUUAUGAAAGACCGUCCCGUCAAACCGAUGGACCUGGCUGUCUAUUGGGUAGAAUACGUUAUUAGACACAAAGAUCUAUCCCAUAUGCGAGUAGCUGGUCUUGAACUCACGUGGUACCAAUAUCUCUUGUUAGAUGUCAUUUUGGUUUGGAGUAUGGCAGCUGUAUCUGGAACUAUUAUUAUUUUUUAUACUUUGAAAUUAAUUUUAUGUAAGCGAUCGAAAAAAAUAAAAACAAAUUAGAUAGCAA